GUGCUGUGACAAGAGAUUGUGGACAAAGAUAGAUUUGAGCAGGUGCAAGUCCAUCACCCCCCAAGCGUUGAGCGGCAUCAUCAAAAGACAGCCGGUCAGCCUUGACCUCAGCUGGACCAAUAUCUCCAAAAAACAGCUCACGUGGCUCGUCAACAGGCUGCCAGGCCUGAAAGACCUCAUCUUAGCGGGCUGUUCCUGGUCUGCGGUCUGUGCUCUCAGUACCUCCAGCUGCCCCCUUCUCAGGACCCUCGAUCUUCGGUGGGCAGUAGGAAUCAAGGACCCUCAGAUCCGGGAUUUACUCACGCCUCCAACAGACAAACCCAGUCAGGACAAUCGCAGCAAACUCCGCAACAUGAUCGAUUUCCGGCUCGCCGGCCUGGACAUCACCGACGCCACGCUGCGGCUGAUCAUCCGCCAUAUGCCCCUGCUCUCCCGCCUCGACCUCAGCCACUGCAACCACCUUACGGACCAGUCAGCCAACCUCCUCACGGCCGUGGGCUCUUCCACGCGCAACUCCCUCACCGAGCUCAACAUGGCAG